CCGACCUCACCCUCAACUGCCCUCGCACAAAUCGGUACACUGGCCCACUUGUCCACAUGGCAAUACAAGCUCUCUGACGAAAAUGAGCUCGCCUUCCCAAACCCAAAAAUCCCACGCCAAGAGUAACGGUCUCCUCCCCUUCCAAAAACCAACCAACAAACCUCCCUCAUUUUCUCACUCACCACACUCUCCACAACAACAACCUAACCCUGCACUACAAACUUCACCUCCAUUUCUUUACCAUGCUCAAACUGCGAAGCAUUUUCAGUCGACAACACAGAAAAAACAACGACGCCAAUAAUAAUAACAACAACGGUAAUACGAAGGUUCUACCGGAGAGACGCUGCUUCUCUACAUUGUCACUAAACGAAGACGAAGAAGGUGAUUCCGACGUCGUUAAUGAGAAUAGCAGGCUUGUUGUACGGAAGUAUUCUUACUUUAAACUGCCGCAGCAGCUCUUUAAGCUCAAUGUCCUCAAGCUCGAUGGCUCUUCCUUCGAUGUUAAUAUUGGGAGAAAUGCGACGGUGGCAGAGUUAAAACUAGCAGUAGAGAAAACUUUUAGUUCUUCACCUGAAGAAGGAUGUCAAGACAAGAUUUCAUGGGUUCAUGUAUGGGGCCAUUUUUGUUUGAGCUAUCAAAAUCAGAAGCUACUUAAUGACAAAGCUUGCAUUCGAGAUUUUGGGAUCAAGGAUGGCGAUCAGCUUCAAUUUGUUAGGCAUAUGUCCAUCAGGUAUCCAAAGUCAAGACAACCUCAGAAUCAAAAUGUUGUUCGGAAACUAUUGCUGCCUUCUGGAGAUACUCAGAAAAAGAAAGAACAGCAGACUAAUGUCGAUCACUCCAACCCGAAAGAGAAUGAAGAUGACAACUCCAUCUAUAGCUUGGAAGAUGAGGAGGAAAUACCAAUGCCAGAGUUCAAGUUAGCUCACUUCUUAAAAGGAUGGUUAUCAUACUCUAAAUUAUGGGGAACUAGUACUACUGGUUCAAGAAGAGGAUCACAUAAUCAAAAUCGGCCUUCGAGAUUCUCGUUACAGUGCUUAGGAGGCAGACCAAAGAUGAUAAAACUUCAAAGCUAACAGCAAUAAAGAUAGGAUCUGUGUAAGUAUAAAUGGUUGGUUUUACUUUGGUGUUAGGUUUUAUUCAGUUUAAAAUGCGUAAUUAUGGAGAAGAGUGAGUCUCAAGUUUUAGCAACUUAGCCAUACUCUAUUAGGCACCGCAAGUUGUGUCAUGGUUUGCAGACAAUAGAGGCGUGCAAGCAAGCAAUUUGGAGGAUAGUUUUUUUACAUUAUUUAGGACGAAUGAUUCAAUUGAAUAUAUUGGAUAGUAGUGUAGAGUGGGAUGUAUAUGCCUUAUUCUUACGUAGACAACAAGCUUCCUUAAUAUCUUUGAAACGUUAUUAGAAUUUGUAUCCACUAAAAUUACAUCA